GGUCGGGAGCUUAACCCGGAAGCCAACCACACCAAUGUGUCAGAGGAAACACAGUACAUCUGGUGACCAAACUCCAUGGGACCAACACGUUUAUAUUUUUGUUCAGUUAUAAAGUUGGGAACGUUUUGUUUUCAUCCCGCACAGUACCUGGCAGCAAUACAAGUUUUGGGGGGAGGCUGCCAAUAAACCUUCAAAGAAGAAGCAGGAAAAAGAGAAGGUCACAAUUCCAAGAUGGCAGCGCGCUGUGUGCUGGGGUCUAUUUGGAGCUCUCUAUCUGGUGUUAAAAGUGUGGCCAGCAGCAGCAAUAUGAGUGUCUUUCAGAGUAUAACCAAUUACCCUCAACUCUCGGUUUUUGGGAUUAUUCAAAGUAGAGGAAUUCGACAAGUCGUGGAAAAGAAAGAAGGCAAAACAACAAUAAUUGAGGGGUUAACACAGGAUACUCCAGCCGGACCACAGCCACCCAACCCCACAGCCCAGUGCCCCAUCUACCGAUGGAACCUGCAGAACAAAUACAACUACACAGAUGUCCUGUUGCUCAGUCAGUUCAUCAGGUCUGAUGGAGGAAUGCUGCCUCGUAGAGUCACUGGUCUCUGUGCCCAAGAGCACCGCAAGAUCGCCAUCUGUGUGCAAAUGGCGCAUAGAGCAGGUCUUCUCCCCGAUCACAAACCACCUCUCCCAGAGGGACAUGUACCAAAGAAGCCCAAGCCCCAGCUCAACAGAUACCUGACUCGCUGGUCCAUUGAUUCGGUGAAGCCCAUCUAUAGGGCAGGGCUGAAGUGGUGUAAAAAUCGCAUCUCUGUCGGCCACCCAGCUCUCAGAAACAAUGUACAGUACGGCAAGAAAAUCCUCUACCUGAAACAUUGACGACAUGGGGGCAUGUCAACCCACAGCAGUAGGAGUCGGUGUGGGUGGGACAUAGAUGGGGUGCAGCAAUUCUAUCGGAUGUCUAUCCCCAUGGAACUCCUGCCUCAUUUGGGACUCGUCCAUUGACUUUGAAAACUAGCCUUUUGAACAGCUGAGGGAGCAUUUGUAUUUGUCCAACCUAUUUAGUGGCCGAUACCCAUUGGAACAAGUCAUUCGGAGCAAUACCCAGAAACAACAUCCAUUCUGUCAUUCGGCCUUUGAAGAUGCCCUGAAAAUUAACUCUGGAAAAAUUACAUUUAUCGCAAGAGCAAUUGGUCCAGUGGAACAACUGUUUCAAUGUAGGUGGUAUGUUGACAUUGUGUACUUCAAGACAGAUGUGCAAAUAAAACAGAUCUGCUUACCCUCCCUCCACUAGCUAUAUACUGUGUGUGAUUGCAUGAGUAAGCAUUUACUGGGCCUAUUAGCAGAAGUAGCCAAGUGCAUGUGGAAGUAAACUGAAUGAUUUUUGUUUCUGUUUAUUUACGUUAAAUAACAGGAAAGAAACAUCUCUUGCAUAAAUAUAACUCAGUUCUAGCUGUUUUCAAUGUGGGUGGGGAUGAAACACUGCUUUUCUCAGAUGAGUGGUUGAUGGUAUUUUAAUAUUUUUUCCAGUAUCUCACUGGCUCUUUUAAAACAUGAAGGGCAGGCCCAGGUGCUUUGAGACUAUCGCCCAUGUAGAUGAAUCCGUGCUGGGG